AUGUCUUUCAAGAUUAUAAUUAUCGGGGGGAGUAUUGCAGGUUUGACGCUGGCGAAUAUACUCGAGCGAUAUGGUAUUGAGUAUGUUUUGCUUGAGAAAUAUCGAUGCAUUGCGCCUCAGUUGGGCGCGAGCCUUGGUAUUUUGCCGUAUGGCAGUCAGGUUCUUGACCAAUUGGGUGUUAAUGAAGUGGUUCAGUCUAUGUGUGAGAGAAUGGAAUCGAUGCAUUAUUAUGAUUCGGAUGGGGUGAAGCUUGGUGGUCAUGAUACGUUUGGCGAGAUGCUUUUGGAGCUGACUGGAUAUCAAUUCAAUUUUUUGGAUCGUCGAGAGCUUGUUCAAGCUCUGUACGACAAUCUCAAAGACAAGUCAAAGGUCCACAUCUCCAAAGAACUUCUGAGCAUUAACCAACUGGAAACCGGUAUAACAGUCACCACUAAAGACGGCACCAUCUUUAGAGGAGACAUUCUCGUCGGCGCGGACGGGGUCCACAGCCAAACAAGAAAAGAGGUGUGGAGGAUUGCAGACUCAGAAGUCCUAGACUACGGAACGCAGCAGAUGGCCAAAUCAAUAACUUGCUCGUACAAAUGCAUGUUCGGCAUCUCAGACCGCCCCGAAAAUGCCCCCGAUGGCCGCGGAUACAAAACCUACCACAAAAAUCGGUCUUAUCUAUGCCAGGCCGGUCGUGGAGGAAAGUUGUACUUCUUCACGUUCUCCAAGAACCCUAAAGUUACGACUGACGAAGACAUCCGUCGGUAUACUUCUGAGGAUGAGAAGGAUUUGCUGGAUACACAGAGGGACGAUGUUCUCUUUCCGGGCCUUACUUUUGGUGAUCUUCAUCGGAAGCGACGGACUGCGGUCCUUGUCCCGUUGCAAGAGUAUGUCUUAGAGAAAUGCUUUUAUAAGCGUGUCAUUUUGAUUGGUGAUUCUUUUCAUAAGAUGAACCCUCUCACCGGCCAAGGAGGAAACUCAGCCAUCGAAGAUGCUGCACUACUUGGCGACCUACUAAAAGAAGCCUUGGACAAUGAUCCCCGUCCAACUAAUGAGAAUAUCCACGCACAAUUUAAUCACUUCCAAGAAGAGCGCAAGCCUCGCGCGAGAAUCCUGGUCGACGGGGCGCAUGCACUGCAACGUCUUGAGGCCCUCGAGAACCCAUUUCUGGAAUUCCUACAGAAAAAUGUAAUAGCUAAGGGAGAAAUUGAUCAAUUGGCUGCUGUAAUGGCCGCAACGCAUUGUCCGGGACAUAUCUUGAAAUAUCUACCGAAGCCGUCGCGGGAGGGGGUUGUGGCUCGGGAUGUUGAGGUGGUUGCGAGGCCGAGGGAGCGGUCAUCCAUCGCGACGGCGUUUUGGAUUAUUCUUGUUCUUCUUGUUGCCGGUGUGUCGUUCGCCCUUGGACAGUCUGUUAGCAUGGGGACUGCAACAGUCCUGCAUGAUUCUCUUUUGGACUACACGCUCGUCACCACGAUGGGAGUCAAUGCACUAUGGACAAUUGAAUCUUACCGUCCGUCAAACACUAACAACCCUAGUGCCAUCCCCUACAUCCUCGCCUCUACAGCCUUUGACUGGCACCUAAUCACACCAAUAUACUUCGCUAUCUACAUUUACCUCAGCAAAUCCCGAACCUUUUACUAUCCCAAUCCGCGAGCGAUUGACCUACGAGCUGCCGAACACCUACCCACGGGGCUUUUGGUAACAUACUUCGUGCCUGCCCUCUUGCUACUCAAGAAUAUGGCACCGAUUGCAGUACCCAAGUGGAUAUUCUCUCUUGUUCAACUCGGUCUACCGGUUUUGAUCUCGCUCAGGCAGAGGAUGUCGACGAGGGAGCCGCCUAGUGCUAAUUUUGCGGAGGCUUUGUAUGGGACGAGUGAUAUGCCGUAUUUAUCCUGGUUCUAUAACUUGGGUAUCCUUUCUACGAGCACGUUGCAUGUUGUCAUUGCUAGUAGAGUAUUCCCACGUAUUCCUGGCACCACCGCCGUCAAAGAAAUGGUCCUCUCAUCCGAAGGAGUACAAUUAGCAUCUCUCACCGCUGUGAAUCUGAUCUGGUUUGUUUUUACGAUAUGGGACUUGCGCCGCACGAACGUCCUUCAGAGCCCUCUUUCAUUUGCGGUUCCUUCUGUGCUCUUGGGAAGCAUCUGUUUUGGUCCCGCAGCAACGUUGCUUGGAUUGUGGAAAUGGCGCGAGGGUGCGCUGGAACGGUCUCGCGCGAGGAAACAGGACUUCUAAUCCCUGCAUUUCACUAGUAGUCGCUAUUAUAGAGAUUGAGGAGAGCUCAGAGACAAUUGAAUGAUUAUUUGCCG